AUGGAUGACUAUACCAUCCUGCGCGUGAUCGGCGAGGGCUCCUUUGGCAGAGCUCUCUUGGUUCAGCAGGAAGGCGGUAACCAGAUGUUCGCCAUGAAGGAAAUAAGGCUGCCCAAGUCCUCCUCUGAUACACAGACUUCCAGAAAGGAGGCUAUUCUGUUAGCCAAAAUGAAACAUCCCAAUAUUGUUGCCUUUAAAGAAUCAUUUGAAGCUGAUGGACAUCUGUACAUUGUGAUGGAAUAUUGUGAUGCAGGGGACCUAAUGCAAACAAUCAAACACCAGAAAGGAAAGUUCUUUCCGGAAGACAUGAUACUUAACUGGUUUACUCAGAUGUGCCUGGGAGUAAAUCACAUUCAUAGGAAACGUGUAUUACAUAGAGAUAUUAAAUCCAAGAAUAUCUUCCUCACCCAGACUGGAAAAUUAAAACUGGGAGAUUUUGGAUCUGCCUGUCUUCUUUCCAAUCCCAUGGCAUUUGCUUGUACCUACGUGGGAACACCUUAUUAUGUGCCACCAGAAAUCUGGGAAAACAUGCCUUAUAACAAUAAGAGUGACAUCUGGUCGUUGGGCUGCAUUCUCUAUGAGCUCUGUACCUUUAAACACCCGUUUCAGGCUAAUAGCUGGAAAACUCUUAUCCUCAAAAUAUGCCAAGGCUCCAUCCGUCCUCUGCCAUCUCAUUAUUCCUAUGAUCUCCAGAGUCUAAUCAAGCAGAUGUUUAAAAGGAAUCCCUCUCAUCGCCCUUCAGCUACUACACUCCUCUCUAGAGGCAGCUUAGCCCGCCUCAUCCAGAAGUGCCUCCCCCCCGAGAUCAUCCUAGAAUAUGGUGAACAGGUAUUAGAAGAAACCAGAAAAUCUAAGGAUAUUACACCAAAGAGAAAAGCUCAGCAGGAGGAAGAACAAGUGAGAAACUGUAGUCGGACUGAUAUAGAGAGCAUUAAUAAAAGACUGGUUGAAGAUGCUCUGAGGAGAGAACAAAAACAAGAAUCUGAUAAUAAAUCAGUCCAUCUGAGGAAGACCAAGUCACCAAGCCCUCACAGGCGACAGUGGGAUAAAAACAUUUCCACGACAGCUGUUACUGCUUUGCAAAAUGCGUCCAUUCUGACCUCCAGUUUAACUGCAGAGGACGAUAGAGGUGGUUCUGUAAUAAGGUACAAAGAAAAUAACACCCGCAAGCAGUGGCUCAAAGAGACCCCCGAAACGCUGUUGAACAUCCUUAAGAAUGCUGACCUCAGUAUGGCAUUUCAAACAUACACAAUAUAUAAACCAGGUUCAGGAGGAUUCUUGAAAGGCCCACUGUCUGAAGAAACUGACACUUCAGAUGAUGUUGAUGGAGUUUAUGAUUCUGUCGUUUUGGAUCCUGAGAGACUUGAACCUGGAAUGGACGAGGAAGACACGGACUUUGAAGAUGAUGAUGACAGUCUUGACUGGGUGUCCGAACUGAAGAAGCGAGCUGGAUUACAAGAAGCAGCUGAUGGAUAA